AUGUCCUUCGAAUGCCCGAUUUGUGGAAAACCGGUGAGGCAGAGCAAGAUCAAUAGCCACAUCGACUCGAACUGCAAAGACUUUGUGGAGGUGGACGGGAAUGACUCGUCCUCACAACCCCCAGCCCCUUUUUCGGAUUUCUUCCAGCCCUUGUCGAACAAGUCAAGCUCGAAAUCGAUACCGAAACCAAACAGCACCAGAAUCUCCAGCCAGCCCUUACCCGGUGGAAAGAGAACUCUACCUGCUGAAGAACGUGGCGCACCUCGAUCCUCUGCCCAUGACGACGCCAAACCUGUAAUCCCCGCCGGCGACCUGCCUGAACAUGUCGUCAAAAGACCGAGAGUGUCAAAUGCCCUCGAGAAGGCGGCCCCGCUCGCGGAGCGUAUGCGACCACGAACGCUGGAUGAGGUUUGUGGGCAGGAACUAGUGGGUCAGAAUGGGGUGCUCCGCGGCCUCAUAGAAGCGGACCGGGUGCCGAGCAUGAUACUUUGGGGCGGAGCAGGGACGGGCAAAACAACCAUUGCACGGGUGAUAGCAACCAUGGUGGGGAGCCGCUUCGUGGAAAUCAACAGCACCAGCUCGGGAGUGGCAGAAUGCAAGAAGAUUUUCGCAGAGGCGAGGAAUGAACUGAGGUUGGCGGGGAGGAAAACAAUAAUUUUCUGUGAUGAGAUCCAUCGCUUCUCCAAAUCCCAACAGGAUGUGUUUCUUGGUCCAGUAGAAAGUGGUCAAGUGACUCUCAUCGGUGCUACCACCGAAAACCCGUCUUUCAAAGUUCAAAACGCUCUACUGUCACGCUGCCGCACAUUCACCUUGUCGAAAUUAACCGACGAUGAUAUCAUUUCUAUUCUGAACCGUGCCCUAGAGCUUGAGGGUCCGAACUACUCGCCAACGAACCUAGUUGAUGAAGAGCUCAUCAGAUACCUGGCUGCCUUUGCUGACGGUGAUGCUCGGACGUCACUCAACUUGUUAGAGUUGGCGAUGGAUCUAUCUAAGAGACCCGGGAUGACUAAAGACGAGCUUAAAAAAGGCCUUACCCGUACCCUUGUCUAUGACCGUGCUGGAGAUCAGCACUAUGACACCAUAUCUGCUUUCCAUAAAUCGAUUCGGGGAAGUGACCCCGAUGCGGCUCUAUACUACUUGGCUCGGAUGAUCCAGUCGGGAGAGGACCCAUUGUACAUAGCACGGCGCCUGAUUGUUGUGGCUUCUGAAGACGUUGGACUUGCCGAUAACUCAAUGCUGCCCCUCGCCGUCGCUGCAUACACCGCAGUGGAAAAGAUAGGCCUCCCAGAAGCUCGAAUAAACCUCGCACACGCUACAGUAGCACUAUCUCUAUCACAAAAGAGCACGAGGGCUUACAGAGCAUUAGGCAACGCGUUUGUCGCCUUACAGGAACCCGGAAUCGCCGGGCUUCCAAUUCCGAUUCACCUGCGGAAUGCGCCCACGAAACUCAUGAAGGGCCUGGGGUAUGGCCAAGAGUACAAAUACAACCCUGACUACGCAGGUGGGAAAGUCGCCCAAACCUAUUUACCGGACAAAUUACAAGGUCGUCACUUUCUUGAAGAUCACGACCUCGGAACUCGCGUUGACCCCGAUCUACAUAAAUCGUGA